GACUGAGACUGAGACCAAACAAACACAAGCGUGUAAGUGUAACAUAGGUAGUUUCUCAACAAACAAAAGAAAAAAAAGAAAAGUGUAACAUAGGAUAGGUAGUGUAUUAAGUUGGUAACAUAUAGUAAAAAACUUAGCGAUAAUUUGAGGGUUACAUCUAAUAAAAACUGUCUUUCUUCUUAUCAAAAAAAAAACUGCCUUUCUUCUGCUGUCUAUGCCAGUAUAUUUAUAGAUGGUAGAGCUGUUUUUCGUGAUUAUCGACCCUGGAUUCUCGGCUUAAUCAUUGGGAGGUCCGCUUAUGCCUUUCUGGUGGGUGUUGUGAGCGGGGGUUAGCUAUCUAAUUCGAGAUUUGCUGCAGAUAAGUAGCUCUUUUGCUUAUUUGUGAAUCGACUCUUUGAGGAUUUGAUUAUUUUGUUUGUGUUGAAUAUGUUGGGUACUUUUAUUUGAUUCUAGUAUUGGUGAAAAAAACUGUUUUGGGUCUUGGUGGAUGUUGUAUAGAAAAAAUUGUGGUAUUUGUAAUUGGUAUUGAAAUUUUGGAAGUGGGUUUGUAUUUGUUUUUUAUUUCUAUGGGAAAAUAUGGGUAUAGUUGCUUAAAAGUUGAGAUUUUGAAUAGCCCCAGGAGGGGGAGGAGGAGGUUGUAGACUGAACAAGGAAUUGGGGUUGAAAAUAAGAAAUGGGUUAUGCAUAUUUUUUAUUUUAUAGAGUUGGAUUUAGUAUAUAUGAAUGGCUUCAACUGAGUGGGAACUGGGAAGGACCUGCAACCUAGGGUUUUAGGGGUGAUGGGAUUUAUGGGUCUGAUCUGAAUUGUUGUUUGGAGUAAGCAAUGGAAGGUAAUUUACCACAAGGAGGUAUGAUUCCAGGUGGUGGGGGUUCCUAUGGAGGGUUUGACUUGCAAGGAUCAAUGAGAGUUCCUCAUCAAACACAACACCCACAUACAAUACACCAACAUCAAUCUCUUCCUCGCCAAGGGUCAGCUGUACAUCCCUCGAUUCAUGAGGGCUUUCCGCUCACAAUGGCAACCAUACAAAACUGUGAUCAAACCAUUCCAAUGGUAGAUUUCAAUAAGGGGGAGAGGAGCAAAAACUCAAUGAGUGAUGAGGAUGAACAGAGUUUUACUGAAGAUGGUGUUGAUGGUCAUAAUGAAGCAAAUAGAGGGAAGAAGGGGUCACCAUGGCAGCGUGUGAAGUGGACUGAUAAGAUGGUGAGGCUUCUGAUUACUGCUGUUUCUUAUAUAGGUGAAGAUGUUGCCUCCGAUUGUGGCAGUAGUGGGGGGAGAAGGAAAUUUGCGGUUCUACAAAAAAAGGGCAAGUGGAAAUCUAUCUCGAAGGUCAUGGCUGAGAGGGGUUAUCAUGUUUCACCACAGCAGUGUGAGGAUAAAUUCAAUGACCUUAACAAACGUUAUAAGCGGCUUAAUGAUAUGCUUGGGAGGGGCACUUCUUGCCAGGUUGUUGAGAACCCUGCACUUUUGGAUGUGAUAGACUACCUGACAGAGAAAGAGAAGGAUGACGUUCGGAAAAUAUUAAGCUCAAAGCAGUUGUUCUAUGAAGAAAUGUGUUCUUACCAUAAUAGUAACAGAUUGCAUUUACCUCAUGAUCAAGCAUUACAGCAUUCAUUACAGUUGGCCCUUAAAAGUAGAGAUGAUCAUGAUAUUGAUGAUGCCAGGAAGCACCAACAUGAUGAUCUUGAUGAAGAUGAUCAAGAUAUGGAAACUGAUGAUCAUGAUGACUUCGAGGAGAAUCAUGCUUUACAUGGGGAUAACAGGGGGAUAUAUGGAGUGUUAGGGUCAGCAAAGAAAUUGAGACAAGGCCUGGCCCAUGAAGAUAUUAAUAUUGGGAAUCCCUUGAAUUCCCAGGACUACAACAGAAGUCCUUAUUCUCAAGCACAAAUUGCCCAAUCUGAUAUGAAUCAAGCCUUACCUGAGAACAUGAGAGCAGCUUGGUUACAAAAGCAGUGGAUUGAAUCUCGUUCUCUUCAUUUGGAAGAACAGAAGCUCCAAAUUCAAGUUGAGAUGUUGGAAUUAGAGAAACAGCGGUUCAAGUGGCAGAGGUUUAGCAAGAAAAGAGACCGUGAGUUGGAAAAACUGAAGAUGGAAAAUGAGAGGAUGAAACUUGAGAAUGAGCGUAUGGCACUGGAAUUGAAACGAAAGGAAAUGAGUGCUGGUUUUAACUAGUUGGCUGGUCUUGUCAAGCUUAGUUUAUCAUUAUUGUUACAUGCUUGCUAUAAGUCUCCUUUGCUACUGGCAAGCUGCAGUUGGUUUCAAGUGUUUUAUCACAAAUUGGAUGGGGGAGCCUUGUUGGAAAUCAAUGACACUGUCAGCAUAACUGUGUAAUCAUAGGAUGGUUCACAUUACCAAUGGCUAAUUCUAGUUCAUUUGCCUUAAGUGAAAUCAUAUUGCCUAUGGUUGAAGAAUUUUGUGGCUAGCAUUUCCUGUUUUUACUUUGUAAGUUUGAAUAUUUAAUAUUAAAUCUUCUGUUAUUGGUUCUC